CCUGAGCCAUCUGAGGAUCAACAUCAUGAAGUGACACAUUGCCUUAAAAAUCAACAAUUAUUUUAACUGUAUUUAUGAUAAAACCCUUAAAAAGUAGGCCUUUGUCUUCCAGUGACUUGCAGUGUGGUACUGUGAUGGAUGCCUCUCUGCACUGCUUUCUGUGCAUCUUGGUUGAUGUUUCCUCACCGGGCGCCCCCAGGGUCGCUUUCAAGCCUGACUGCCGACAGCUCGCCACCCCUGUCAGCCUCCUGAGCGAGCAAAUCGAGCGCCUCUGGCUCGACAUCAGCGUGCUCUGUGUGUGCCUGCGGUCCAGCCGAGCAGCCGCUGUGUUGCCUUGAGCCCAGCUCGACUGGGCGGGACUGCUUCGUCAUGGAUACGGAGUCCACCUACUCUGGGUAUUCCUACUACUCGGGACGCUCCCGGGGAUCGCACAGGCAUGGGGAGCGAAGCCGAGACCGCCACAAAUCCCGCAGCAAAGACAGCCGCUCGGAAAAGUCUGUGACAAUAAACACGCCGCCAGCAGAGCCGUUGCUGGGCGACUCGGCUGUUCGAGGCGAGACGGUCCAGGAUGACAACUGGGGCGAGACCACCACGGCCGUCACGGGCACGUCGGAGCACAGCCUCUCUCAGGAGGACAUCGUCCGCAUCACCAAGGACCUGGAGGACAGCGUGGGCCUGGACUGCCGCCGUUACUUCACCCUGACCCUGGCCGUCAUCCUGGGCCUGCUGGUGUUCCUGACGCCGCUGGCCUUCCUCGUGCUCCCCCACCUCCUCUGGCCGGAGAAGCUGCAGAGCUGCGGCACGGCCUGCGAGGGCCUCUUCAUCUCCGUGGCCUUCAAACUGCUCAUACUGCUGCUGGCCGUGUGGGCGUUGUUCUUCAGGCCGCCGCGGGCCGGCCUCCCCCGGGUCUUUGUUUUCCGGGCGCUGCUCGCCGUACUAGUGGUGCUCUUUGUUCUCUCCUAUUGGCUGUUCUAUGGGGUCAGAAUACUGGACUCACAGGAUGAGAACUACCAAGGCAUCGUGCAGUAUGCUGUGUCCCUGGUGGACGCCUUACUCUUCAUCCACUAUCUUGCCAUCGUCCUUUUGGAGCUCCGGCAGCUCCAGCCGUGUUUCUCCGUGUGCGUGACGCGCUCCACAGAUGGCGAGACCAAGCACUACAACCUGGGACAGCUUAGUAUUCAACGUGCAGCUCUGGCCAUCUUGGAGCAUUACUACUGCGACUUCCCAGUCCACAAUCCUGCGCUGCUUUCUGCCUCCAAGUCCCGCGCAGCAAAGCACCUUGCCGGCCUUAAGGUCUACAACGUGGAUGGUGAGUUCCCAGCAGGCCUAGCUGAGGGUCCUGGGAACAAUGCAGCAGCAGGAAUGGCUCACUCCCAGUCCAGAGCCAUGAUCGCAGCCGCCGCACGCCGAAGAGAUACAAGCCACAACGAGCUGUACUACGAGGAGGCGGAGCACGAGAGGCGUGUUCGUAAACGGAAAGCACGCCUGGUGGUGGCAGUGGAAGAGGCCUUUACACAUAUAAAGCGCCUGCAGGAGGAGGAGCAGAAGAAGUCUCCAGGGGAUGUCAUGGACCCAAGAGAGGCUGCACAGGCCAUCUUCCCCUCUAUGGCUCGGGCUCUGCAGAAGUACCUGAGGACCACCAAGCAGCAGCACUGUCACAGCAUGGAGAGCAUCCAGCAGCACCUGGCCUUCUGCAUCACCAACAACAUGACACCUAAGGCAUUUCUCGAGAGCUACCUGACCCCGGGCCCCACCCUGCAGUACAGCCGGGACCACUGGCUCUCCCGUCAGUGGACGCUCAUCAGCGAGGCGUCGGUCACCAGCGGCCUAAAGGACGGUUCCAUCUUCCUCCUCAAGUGUGUGGACUUCAGCCUGGUGGUGACGGCCAAGAAGAUUCCGUACAUCCAGAUGUCGGAGGAAUAUAUCGACCCAAAGUCUCACAAGUUUGUCCUGCGGUUACAGUCGGAAACCUCCGUGUAGGACUCGUUUUUUUACACCUCACACUGCUUAGUUGCUCUCAAAUGUUUUUAUUUUGGGUUUGAAGAUUUUGUUUCUACUUUUUUUGGAAUUUUUAUAUAUUAUAUAUGAAUCUAUAUACAACAUGUUUGAAUAUAUUGAUUUGUUUGGAUGAAAAAAGAAAGGCAGUUAUUGGAUGUCUCGGACACUGUUGCGUGCACAUACAGUGUGAGUGUGCUUAUGCGUGUAUGCUGACACAAUCACACGUUCCUUUUCAUGUUUUUCACGGCCAAACAAGACUAAAACACUUGAUUUUUCUGACGAUUUUACGGAGAUUUUAGUUUCUUCAGUGGCUCCUUUUAUUUCCUUGGAAGAGAUGGACACAAAAACCACUAAGGACUGUGACGGUGUGACUUGGAUUUUUGUAUUUCUCUAUGAAUUCAGGCCUUCUUUCAAACCAAAUCAAAUCAGUUUGACAAGGACUUCAGAUUUUGCAUUAAAUGCGCUUUUUUGAUGCUAAACAUUUAAAGAAAUAACCCUUAAAGGAAUGGUUUUUCUUUUCAACCAUGCCCUCGUCACCACUUCAGGUCAUCCAUGGAGCUUCAGACACAUUUUUCUUGACUGUUACAACGUCCACACUCCAGUCAGCCUUAGGCCGGACUCAGCAGCACAAUAACACCCCCUGAGUGCUAAUCCAAGCAGCCAAAGUCGGACACUCUGACCUGUCUCUGAGCACGGCUCUUCCUCCAGGUGCAGCGGAGCAAAAUUCCAAAUAUUUCCACUCCAGUUGGGAACAACACACACAUGUCGCAUUAAACACGGGGCUGAACUCUGAAUGAACCGGAUCAGAGGAGACACUCUGAGGUGGACAUAUUGCCCUCAAACAUUUGCCCUGGUUCAGUGACCUUCUCUGGGCUUUCAUGUCCGCAGCAUCUGCCUGAUAUGACGGAGGGAGGAGGCAGCCAAGAGAGUCUACCAUGUCAGGAAUAAAAUGUACUACUGAUUACUUAUGUGGAUUUAAAAUAAAUGCUGUAAAUUCUCUUUAAAAGAUCAUUCUUAACCAAAGAUGGCCAGCAAGAGAAAAUAAAGGCCUGUUAUAGAAUUACAGGAACAUCAG